AUGGGCUCCGAAAGUGAAAGUACUGCAAGUUCCAUUACUACUAGCGAGGAAUCUAGUGAGAAGAAAGCCAUGCCCAGAAAAAGGGGAAGGCCACGCAAAAACGACAGCCAUAGACAGCCGCAAGGGCAUUUUAAUCCCAUGCUCUACCAAGCACCUCUGGGAUAUCAAUACGCACCAACAAUAGGACCUGGAAUUGCACACUCUAUGAUUCCUGGGGUGCAACAUGGAUUCUACAACACCUUCAACUUUGGACAGGGACUUGGAUACGGGUAUGGUUCAAGUGUUUCUCUUCAGGAAGAGGAGACAAGACCGCGGGAAACUGGUGGAUAUCGAGAGAGCCAAGAGGAGAGGAGUGUUUACAUUCCAGAGAGAAGACAGAAGAGGAAUGCAGCAAUGGCCAAGCGGACAUCUAUUCCAGAAUCUGAGAGUAGUGAGGACGAGUACAAUGAAGAAUCCGAGGAUGGGAUAGAGAAGCUCCUAAAGUACGAUACGGAGGGGGAAAGGUAUUUUGUCAAGUUUAAACACAAAAGCUAUCUUCAUUGCGAUUGGGUGACAAAGGAGGAGAUUAUGGCUACGAAGGUUGGAGCAAUGAAAGCGAAGAAGUUCCGAGCAGCAGAGGUUCCAUUCAAUCCCGACUUCUUGAAGGUGGACAGGAUACUUCAUGAAGACUAUGAUGGAGAGAAGGUGUUUUUGGUGAAAUGGAAGAGCCAGCCCUAUGAGCUGUCGACGUUUGAGACGGCGGAGAGUGUGACAAAGUGCGAAGGAUUUGAGGAGGAGCUCAAGAAGUACAGGGACAGAAAGAAGAUAAGGAACAUGAGGGUAGGAAUUGACUGGAGACCUCCUCGGGAGAAUUUCAUCAAGUAUGAGGAGUCUCCUGUAUUCAAGGGAGGAAAUAAGCUUAGAGAAUAUCAACUUGAAGGACUGAAUUGGCUUCUGAACCGAUGGUACUACAGGCAAAGCUGUAUUAUGGCAGACGAGAUGGGAUUAGGUAAGACAGUGCAAACAGUAACGUUUGUUAAUACACUCUUUACAAAGUAUGACUACUGCGCGCCAGUACUUGUUGUGACGCCUCUCAGCAUUAUACCGCAUUGGGAAAGAGAGUUUGAAGCAUGGACUGAUCUGAGGGUAUUGAAGUAUCAUGAGAAUCGACCAGGAAGAGCAUUGAUUGCUGAGUAUGAGUUUGUAUUAAAGAAAAAUAAUCUUGAGAUUAGAUUAUUUGAUGUGCUGAUCACGACAUACGAUACGGUUAUGGCUGAACAGGAGAGUUUGAGCCAGUUCCACUUUUCAGUGGGAGUAUUUGACGAAGCCCAUCGAUUAAAGAAUGCAAAAUCCAAAGCAGCCACGGUUCUAAGGACACUGAAGUUCAACCAUAAGGUGCUAUUGAGCGGAACACCUCUCCAGAACAACAUUUCCGAGCUCUGGUCUCUACUGAACUUCAUUGAUCCAACCCGAUUUUCCAGCCUUCCCCACUUUCUCGGGGAGUUCAAGAUGGAGAAUAUCAACGACGUCGAAAAGCUCCAAGGGUUGCUGAGGCCCUUGAUGCUUAGGAGAAUGAAGGAGGAUGUGGAGAAAUCUAUUCCUACAAAGGAGGAGACCAUUAUUGAGGUUGCACUAACCAUGAUUCAAAAGAGGUUCUACAGGGCAAUACUUGAGAAGAACAUUGAAUUUCUAACGAAGGGGGGAAAGGAAUCAGCACCUAAUCUACUGAAUGUGAUGAUGGAGCUUCGGAAGUGUUGUAUACAUCCAUAUCUUAUAAAGGGGGCUGAGGAGCAGAUACUUAGUGGAUAUCUCAAAAAGAAGAGGGAGAAAAAUAAAGCAGAGGGGACAGAAAAUGAUAUAACUUUAACUUCGGAGAUAUCGAAUGGAGACGAGCAAGCAAAUGGAAAUACGGUAAUAGGAGAUAUUGACGAGUAUUACAAGGUGUUUAUACAAAGCAGUGGAAAACUUGUGCUUUUAGACAAGCUUCUCGGAAAAUUGAAGAAUGGACACAAGGUGCUUAUAUUUUCUCAGAUGACCAGGUGCUUAGAUCUUCUUGCCGAAUAUCUUACAUAUAGAAAGUAUAAGUACGAGAGAAUUGACGGAGGGGCCAGGACAGAGAAUAGGCAAGCAGCAAUAGAUAGGUUUAGCGACAAAACAAGCGAUGUUUUUGUAUUUCUUCUAAGUACACGUGCUGGAGGAGUAGGGAUAAACCUGACGGCGGCAGAUACUGUGAUUAUCUUCGACUCCGACUGGAAUCCACAAAAUGAUCUCCAAGCACAAGCCAGAUGCCAUAGAAUCGGACAGACAAGCGAAGUGAAGGUAUACAGACUGGUGACGGAGAACACAUAUGAAAGAGAAAUGUUUGAUAAAGCAGGCCUGAAGUUGGGGCUGGAUAGAGCAGUACUACAGAGAAUGACAUUUGAAGAGCACAAGAGUGAAAAGACAAGGAAGAAAGAUGCUAUAGAAACACUUCUUCGGAAAGGGGCUUAUGGGGUUCUCAUGGAGAGCGAUGAUGCGUCAAGCAGGAAGUUCUGUGAAGAAGAUAUCGACCAAAUUCUGGAAAGAAGAACGAAGAUUGUGAAGCACUCUGACGGAGGAAAUGUGUUUUCAAAGGCAUCGUUCCAGGUUGAAGAAGACAUUGAUGAUCCCGACUUCUGGGAGAAUCUUCUCAACAAGAAGAAGAGUGAGGAGAGUGAGGGCAGAAUUAAGAGGCAAAUGAGAAGACUUGCAAGAGAAGGAGGAUUGUCUGAGGAGAACAUUUCCGAAAUCGAGGAGCUGCUGAAGAUGAAGCUUGAAAGCGAAGAUGAGAACGUGUUUUAUGAAAAUCAAUGCUUGCUUAUAUUCUUAGGGGUCCUUAGAUUUGGGCCUAGAUCUGUUGGACUUGAGAUUCCCGAGUUGCCUGAGCAGGAAAAGAACGGAGAAAACAAAGUAUAUAUGCUCCCUCAGUCUGAACACUUCAAAGACACAGCUACAUAUUUUAGAUAUCUUGUAAAAUAUGUUGUUGAUCAGUUUCAAAGUACAAAGAUAAGGUCAGACUUUUCCGACGGCAUAGAAGAGUUUCUUGUUGACAACUACGAUCCCUCAUUAUUCACAAAGUUUGAGGAUGUGUAUAAGAAAUACGGGGAAAGAUUUCUUUUGCGGAUCCAGGUAGUUGCCAUUCUGAGCUCUCUACUGAAGACUGAAGAUCUUGUAGUGGAGAAGGUGCGGGGAUGGACCAGCGAAGAUGACAAGAUACUUGUUGACUUGACGUUGAAACAUGGGUACGACUGUUAUCCCGAGACCAUAAGGAACAAGAGUACGGACGACAUGAACCAGAGGGUUAGGAAGAUUGUUUCGACAUUAAGCAGAAAGAAAGAGGUUCGUGAGGACGAUAAUCUAUUCCAUAAAGCUAUAAUGGAGUUUGGUCGCAUGACCGAUGACAACCGAGAAAGCAUAGCUAAGUUUUUGGGAGAUAAAGACAUAGAUGGAUUUGAAGAAACCAUCAACAGGAUACUUGGCGAAACCAAAAGGCAUAAGCUUAGUAGUGCCGAGCUUGAGUGCUUUGAUAGAAUGAAUUGGUUUGGGAGUUUGAGGUCCAUGGAAAAGAUUCCGCAGCCCAAGAGAGGAAUGCUUCCAAAGAACUGGAGCACUAAGACCUUGGCAGACCUGCGCAAUGAACUGCUAACCAAAGGAUUUUCCUCAUCUGGAGAGAAGUUUGGGGUUAGCGAAGAGUUUAUAGUGAAGAAGUUUGAAGCUCUAUUUCCUACCAGCAGAUCUGCACAAAAUUAA